AUAACCGUGCAAACAGUGUAAACAAAACGAAACCGACUUUGAAAUAUGCUCGAUCAUUCAAAUACGGUUAAUGAUUUGGUUAUUUCAGGCAAAUCAGUUGUGGAUAACUUGCUAGAUUAAAAAAAAUAAAAUAAAAUGGGCAUCAAGAUCACCAGGGCUAUAACGGCGAAGGUGCCUACAUGGGCGAAACCACCGGGAGUUGCCAGUCCACUCUAUAAUUUACAUUCGUGGCCGUGAUGUAUGUAACAUCCAUAGAGUGUCUAUAAGCUCUAUCUAACAAAACAACUGCUCUUGCUCUUACAUUUUAGCGCAUGCACAUUCAGCCAUUCAGUGUAUAUUGGGCGUAUGACAGCGACAAAACCCCGUAACGCUGGCGAUCUAUAUUCUCUCAAGUCAACGGAUUCAAAUUGAUCGAAAUGCUUUCAACGCCAAAAGCCAAGGCUGAAUUGUUUCUGGCAUCAUCUCUUUAUGACGGAUUGGAAGACAAUAAUAUAACGCAAGUGACAACCCUAUUACUAAAUAAAGAGGCAGAUCCCAAUGUUUUGAUACCAUCCCAAGGGAUAACGCCUUUUCAUUUGGUUAUCGGCAAUGACUCUGAAACAUUUUCCGAAGAAGUAACCAAGUUGUUCCUGCGUCAUGGUGGAAAUCCUAAUAUCAAGUCUGUGGAUGGAAUGACGCCGGUACAUGUAGCUGCUGCGUGGGGUCGCCUCGGUGUUCUUGAACUUCUAUUAUCUAACGGCGGUGAUCCUCUAUUGCUUGAUGAUGAUGGGAGGUCCCCUUUCCAUUAUGCCUUUGACGAGGCUCAUUACGACGCCAUUGCUACCCUUGGAAAGUAUUGUGGCGAAUCUUUUGAAGAAGACCUAAAUCUGAAGUACAGUAUUGCCUUGGAUAAAGUUGUAGUGAGCAACGGUGGUGUGAUGGCUGAAUAUGCUGUCUCAGAGGAUACAUCCACCAUGGCUGGCAACAAGCAUCCAGAUAUUCAAAAAAGCCAUAUAUUUAACAAUAACAACGCUGAUGUAGCGUUAAAUUUAAAUAAUGGAAAAACCGGCAACCAGGUGUCUAACCUGUUCGCAAGGUAUCCUGCGAAUAUUGACAGUACAAUGACGACUACUGACGAGUCGUCGACUUCGUUGCCAAAACAUAUAAACAUCAGGCGACAUAAGAAGUGUCUUCCACGGAGCAGAAAAAAUGGUCUUGAUCACAAUUUGAACAACAAGGACAGGUUCAAAUGCAGAGAACGAAACAUGAUGAACGAAAAUCUUGUAUUCGAUUGGUGUCCUGUUUCACACCUCAAUAACGAAGCCAAUAUUGAAGAACCGUUUUUUUUAGAACCACGAAAAGAAGGCGAAAACAUGCCUCGCAUCAGCUCACCGAAAACCGAUACAAAAUCGGUAGAGGCUACAUCUGAUGCCAGGACUAAAUUCCGAGAUGUCAAAACGACUGAAACUGUGCUACAGCAUAACACAAAAACUGCUUCUAAAAAUAAAAUCAUUCACAAAACUCCUCUACGAUGUCCAAAGAGAGAACCAUUUUCUGAAAGGAAAAAAACGCCAUCUACCACAGGGAAAACCAUGCAUAAUUUGAACGUCAAAACUACCUCAAACGGUAGGGAAUUCUCACCAAACAAAAAGGCAGCACUAUUUCGCACGCCGAGUAAACAAGGCCUUGAAAAGACUUCGUAUUCACCUGAUUGUUCAAUUGUAAGCAAGUCACCAAAUCUGAUCGUAACGCCGACUAAUGCUUAUAAAAAAUUGCACGCGGAAGGAACAUUGUCUACAAAUAGUACAGCUGUACAAAUGUCAAAGCAUUCAAAGAGACGACCAGUCUGUAGUAUCAAUCAAGUAUCAGAAUGUCGGAAAAAUGUCAUCAACGGGGACAAUGGCAAAAAUCUUUCUGUGUUGUGCAAACCGACCGACCUGGGUUACAUGCAAAUGAAGAAAAUGGUAUUAAGUCCAAAUAGACUCCACACUUCUCCAAUGCAAUCAGAAACACAUAUAUACAUCCCAAACCUUACAGAUUCGGCGAAAGAAAAAAAAACAUUAUCAGCCAAACCAACAAAAAUUGUGACACCCAGUUAUUCCACGACAUGUUCACCAGCAACCCCGUUUAACAAAACGUAUAAUAAAAGUGAUUACUUUGAUGCUGUAGGAUUCUCACCAAAUAUAGAAAAAGCUACUCCAUUCUUUGAUAGAAGGACUUUGACUAAAAGAAUUGCCAUAAAGUUAGAGGAAACGAUGUAUGACGAUGAUUCUGACAAAAGUAUUUUACCUAUGGAUUCCAACCAGAUUUCAGAUAUUCCAAGAACUGAGACGCAACUUCAAGACGACAUAAGUACUAAAAUUAAAUUAAAAGAUUGUAUCCCCACUGAGCUUCAAGCAUUAGGCAUUGACGAUAAUAAUCAUUUCAAUUAUUGGAAGAGAAGAUUAAAUCCAAAACUUCCACUAACGAACGAACGAAAUGAAAUAGUGAAUACCGUCAUUGAUUCUACAAGAAACGAGGUAGCCGAUGGUGUGAGCCAUCGAUCGGACAAUCUUAAUGGUAAAUCAACAGAGACAAACAAUACCAUACAUCUCCCGAAUGAAGCAAUUGAAUAUGGAACAUUGAAACCUGACUUGAAUAUACUUGCUGGUAAUCAUGUUCGCGUGAGGUCAAUCGGCUUGAAAAAUGAAAACAAUGAGAAACUAACGUUAAGGCCCUGCCCACAUGUAUCAAACUUGAAGGAAACUGACGAUUCGCUUGCACACACUGAUCACAGUAGUUAUUUCUCUGAUACUUAUAUCGAAGAUGAAACAGAUUCAGCCAAUUUCAGCAAAACAGAUUCAUUAAUGAAACCGCAUCAAUUAACCAAGAACAAAUCCGCCAGUUAUGAUAGCCUGGCAAAAGCCAGAUCCAAAUUAUCUCAAAAUCAGUGUAAUUUCCCACUUGAUUUGGUUAACAACAAAUGCUUUAGUGAUAGGAAAAGCUCUGGUCUCUUAUCCAACGUUACGUCAAGUACUAACACAUCAAGUUAUGCAUCUUUCGUUAGCAUCGAAGAGGAAUACAAAUAUGAAGACGCAGAGGAGGGAGUCAUUCUAUUGGAACGCCGCUUGUUGGUCACUCCAGUGAACAUUCCAAUAAUCAAACCUGAAGUCAACUGUUCUUCACCAUCUGAGAAAGGCAGCGAUUGUUUCGAUGAUAAAUCGACAGAAUCGUACACUUCAAGUUUACCAUCAUCAUUGGUAUUUAUGGACAGUGAAACUCUGCGCGCAGAGUUGACUAAACUGAUUGGUCAUCCGCCUGGUCCUAUAACAGCUACAACUCGCCAUGUCUAUCUGAAGCGACUAUGGAAACUUCAAAAAUUGACCCCAAGUUUGCAAUGUCCCAAGAUUGCAGCUUCACCAAAAUUCAGCAUGGAAAUUGAAAGAACGUUGCGAUCUGAGAGUUGGGUGAAUGACUUGUCGCUGUAUGAAACGUUAGAACAGCAAGUAUUCAGCGAAUUUUCGAAGCCUGAUCCAACACGACGAUGGAGAGAGGGUACAAUCAAGUCGUCAUUCAACUACCUGCUGAUGGAUCCUCGUAUUACAGAUAAUCUCCCACGUCGAGUAGAUGCAUUAUCAUCGAUCGAAUGUUGGCGAUCAUUUUUGUCGUCGAUAUUUUACGUUGGUAAAGGAAAGCGAUCAAGACCAUAUGCUCAUUUGUAUGAAGCAUACGGAGAAUGGAAAAGAGGUAACAGAAGUACAAGCGAUAAAAAAAUGAACUACAUUUUGGAUAUUUGGAAUAGCAACUGCGGAGUGGUCUGCUUGCAUCUGUUUCAAAAUACAAUUCCUGUUGAGGCGUACACUCGAGAGGCUGCAAUGAUAGAUGCGUUGGGAUUGGAUAGACUGAAAAAUUCAAAAUCAGGGGAGUACUAUGGUGUUGCCGCAACAUGGAGUCACCAUCAAAAGCGAACCUUCGGCGUGUAUUUGUUAUACAAAGCAAUGCAGAUUUUGAUGAAUGAUGGCGAGAGGCAAUUAUGCCCUGACAAUAUUGGAAGAUGAUGCAACAUUACAUAACAAUGAUAACUAUUUGUAUGUGGUAUACAAUGCUUAUGUCGACGAAACAUGUUUUAUCAACAUGUCUAAUACUAUAUUUAUUUAAGACAAGGAUUUUUUGCAGACAGUCUACUUUCAUCUUUUUACCACAAUGUAAGAAUAAGUAACUUCACCAUGAAUUUUUUUAUUUAGUAACGUUUUCAAACUCAUAUUGGUCAUUAUUGUGGGAUAUAAUGUGGAAUGUUAAGAUUUAAAAUUUGGUUUGUGUCAAUUGCGCUUUCAAUUCUGAGCCUUAUGUUUAAAUUGUAUUCACGAUUCAGUAUGUCCAUAUUUUCCCAUAGUGUUGGCUUCGCAUACAUUUUGAUUACACGAAUUAACUGAGUGUGAGAAAAGAAAGGAAUCAAAACUUCUGCAAACAAGGUACAAAUCUCACAUGUGAUAAUAAAAUUUUACUCAGAAAAAAGAUAUAUAUACAUAUAUCAUAGCAUUAAAAGUUAGAGUAAAGUUGAUGUAAGAUCAGGUGGGAAAAACAUUUGUAAAUAGAAUAUAAGUAUAUGGAAUA